UAAUGAGAAUCCUACGACUUCCUCGUAGUACUUCUAAGCUGAAACAAUUUUUUCCCUUUGCAAGUAUAACUUGUCAGCUGCACAUAAUCUUCCAACAUCAACACCGCCGCUACAGUUCCAAAUCCUGCUCUUCAUACUCUAAUCUCUUGGUGGGGAAAGACCCAACUGCCAUUGCCACUGCUCUUUACCACUCUGAGAAUACGAAAUCAUAUUUUCUGGGUACCCAAAUACAUGGGCAUAUCAUCAAGUUAGGACUCACUAGUGACGUUUUUUCACAGAAUAAUCUUGUUAAGAUGUACUCAAAAUUUGGGGUAUUGAGUUCUGGGCUUAAUGUGUUCGAUGAAAUGUUACAAAGAAAUCUUGUUUCUUGGACUUUAAUUAUCUCGGGUGCCAUUCAAAAUGGUGAAUUUGAUUUGGGUUGGGAGAUUUAUUUGGACAUGAUGAGAAGUGGGUUGAGGCCGAACGAGUUCACUUUCGGCAGUGUUAUGAAAGCGUGUGCUAUCAUGGGAGCUUAUGAACUUGGUUUGUGUAUUCACGGUUUUGCUUUGAAAAUUGGAAUGGAGAAGAACCCUUUCGUGGGUAGUUCUAUGUUAAACAUGUACGCUAAGUUGGGGGAUAUUGAAUCGUCUGAGAGAGUAUUUGAGUGUAUGGACAAUCUUGAUGUUGCUUGUUGGAAUGCUAUGAUUGGAGGGUAUGCACAAUCUGGCUGUAGCUUUGAAGCCUUGAAGAUUGUAUCUUUGAUGCUGUAUAGGGGUGUAAAAAUCGACCAGUUCACCUUGGUUAAUGCUCUUAAGGGGUGCUCGAUUAGGGGACAUUUGGAAUCCGGUAAACAGCUUCAUGGAAUAAUCAUUAGGCUUGAGGUUGAAUCUAGUGCUUCAGUGAUGAACGCUCUCAUGGAUAUGUAUUUCAAGAAUGAUGGAAAGGACUCGGCUCUGAAAGUUUUCAAUAGAAUGCAAAACAAAGAUGUGAUAUCAUGGAAUACUGUAUUUGGUGGCUUCUCUCAAGAAAAGGAUGCAAGAGAAAUAGCAAUCUUAUUUUAUGAGUUCAUGCUGACAGGAUUAAAGCCCAGCCAUAUCACUUUCUCAGUCCUGUUUAGAAAAUGUGGCGAGCUACUGGAUCUCGAUCUUGGGCUUCAAUUUUUUUCACUUGCCUUACGUCUUGGAUUUUUUUAUGAAGUUAAUGUCACAAGCUCAAUAAUCAAUAUGUUCUCUAGAUGUGGGGCAGUGGAGAUGGCACAUUUAGUGUUUGACAGCAUACAUAUCAGAAACAUAUUAACUUGGAAUGAGUUGAUUUCUGGGUAUAAGGUAAUAUGUCAAUACACGGAAGCUCUUAAGAUUUUUUGUAAUUUAUGGGAAUUGGGAGUUAAAGCAGAUAAAUAUACCUUCUCCAGCAUUUUGGAGGCUUGUUGUGAAUGUGGAAGUCAACAGAUUGGAAGACAAAUUCAUGGUGCUAUUCUCAAGUCCGGUUUUGCUUCUUAUGGAUAUGUCUGCAGUUCAUUAAUUAAAGCUUAUAUUACAUUUGGUCUCCUAGAUGAUUCCUUUGAAUUUCUUAAUGAUGUUAACAGAUUAGAUUUGCCAUCCUGGGGGGCAAUGAUAUCUGCGUUGGUGCAUCAAGGUUACAAUCAUGAAGCUAUAAGAUCCUUCAACUCUCUAAUAGAAGCUGGUGAGAAGCCUGAUGAGUUUAUUUUGGGGAGCGUUUUGAAUAGUUGUGCUGUUGUUGCAGCUUAUCACCAAACUAAGUCUGUCCAUCCACAUGUUCUAAAAAUGGGAUUCGACAAACAUGUGUUUGUUUCUAGUGCGGUUAUAGAUGCUUAUGCAAAAUGCGGAGACCUUGAGAGCUCGAAAAUGGCUUUCGAACAGUCAUUUAUAUCAAAUGAUGUGAUUAUAUAUAAUACUAUGAUCACAGCUUAUGCCCAUCAUGGUCUGGUUAUGGAAGCUCUUGAAAUCUUUGAGAAAAUGAAGUUGGCUAAUCUACAGCCCAGCCAAGCCACAUUUGUGUCGGUUAUAUCAGCUUGUAGUCAUAUGGGUCUUGUUGAUCAAGGCCGUCUUCUCUUUGAAUCAAUGACAUUAAACUAUGGGAUGGAACCAUCUCCGGAUAAUUAUGGUUGCUUAGUUGAUAUGUUUUCACGAAAUGGAUACCUUGCUGAUGCUAAACACAUAAUAGAAGUGAUGCCUUUUCCUCCUUGGCCUGCUAUUUGGAGAUCCUUGCUUAGUGGUAGUAGGAUACAUGGGAACACAGAAUUGGGAGAAUGGGCAGCUCACAAUUUAGUUAAGAUGGUACCUGAGAACGAUGCAGCUUAUGUAUUGUUAUCCAAGGUUUAUUCUGAAGGGGGUAGUUGGGAAGAUGCUGCAAAGGUGAGGAGGGGGAUGAUUGAGAAAGGUGUUUCAAAAGACCCAGGGUAUAGUCGGAUUGAGAUAUAUUGUGAUACUACAGAAAAUUAGUUUUAUAUUUGGGUGUGUGGAUUGCUCAUAUUGACCGGAUAGAUUAUAAAGGAACUCACAAAUGCUAAGUUCCACAUGGGGUUUCCUUAUUAAUUAGUUGAGAUUGUGCUUUACUAGCGAUUAUAGAGAACUCCAAUUGCAAUUUGACUAGUCCUUUUGAAGUUUCACAAAUGUGACUAGCGCUUUCUUUGGAUUGUUACAAAUGGUAUCAAAGUAACCUAAUAACACCAUAUGAUGUUGAAGCACGAUAUGAUGUAAAUCAUGAUGAGGACUUCAAGGAUCUGAGCGAGGGAAUUGUUACUACCCAAAAAGUCAGUCUCACAUUAGAUGGGUGAAUUACCCACAUUAAAUGGAUGGAUUACAAAUAUGUCUAUGGGUGAUAAAUUCUAUAUUAAUUCUUUACUGGGUGAUUAGCACUUUUCUUAGAUCAUUACACUCAUCCUCCUUUGCAAAGAAACUGUUAACAGCUUUCAAAAAAGCUGAUUGGAUGAUGAUCCUUCAAGAACUUUAGGGAAAGAGAUCCAGCUUCCAACAAAUGAAGCCUAAGGUGUUGCAUGCAAGUUAUUCUCUCACUCGCUCUACACUUUAUUUUAUUGUCUGCAGGCAGAGCCUAAGCAUCUCACCUUUUUCUUCCUGGCUUCUUUGUAAUUUGCUUGGAAAUGCCUUGUUACUUUCGUAACCCAUUGCAAGAAAGUAAGCUGGCAAUGAUAUUAUGGUUUGUAUUGGGUUGAUUGAAUUUGAGUCCUCUAUAUUUGGAAUGCCAGAUUCCUAGACAUGCCAUUAUCUAAUAUUAUGCUCAAAUUGGCAUGCUGUAUCAUGGAACAGAAGCAAUGAAAAUCUCUACAAUUUGAAGUGUCAUGGUAAAUUGAAGCAGCCAUGAGUAUUGGGA